GGGAAAGAUGGGUGCUUCACUUCACAGAUCGUCAAAAUCAAAGGCCAUUGGAGGAAAACCUCCAUAUUUAAUGCCUUACUUUGGUAUGUUUGGAUAUGGUGGACCCAUAGCAUCUAUGCAUUUGGGGAGGCGUGCUUUAGUCUCUUCCAAAACAAAACAUGUCAAGAAAGUCUACAUGUUGUUUCUUGAGAGAGAAGCUUUGUUAAGUGCAUCUAGCUCUAAAAUGACAUGGAAGACUGAUGGUGGCAUCAGGGAUCCCUCAGAGGAUGAAAUCAGGGACUCUGAUGGAAGCUUUACAAGGGUUGACAUUUACGAGCCAAAAGUAAAAGAUGUUGACAUAAGUAGACUCCAGUGCCACCUAAAGGACAUAUAUUUCCCCUACAUUCAGGUUUGGAUUCUGUGUGAGUGUUUAGAAAGUGAUGACAUGUCUGACGAAGGGAAGACUAUUACCCCAACAGAGUUUCAGGUCAAUGAGGUUGAUUUGACUGAGAUUCAAGGUGGAGAGGUUGCAAUCACCAAUUUGCAUUCUUGCAAUGGCCCUGAGUUUGUUUUACAGCUUCAUCUUUCCUUAGUACCCGACCAUGAUGGCAUCAAAAGUGCAGGUUCAAGAGAAUUCCAAGAAGCAAAUGCACGCUUGAGGUUUCUAUAUUUCCCAUUCACAGAGGGAAAGGAGAAUAUUGAGAAGGUUUUGGAAAAGCUAAUGGCUGAUGGUUUUGUAAGAAGAGAAAACUUCCAAGGCUUUAGUCGAGUAUCUAUUAGGCGGCUUGGUCGUCUACUUCCAGAUGCUCGAUGGACUUUCCUUCCAUUUAUGGACUUAAGAAACAAAAAGGGAAACAAGGCUAACAUAUUGAAGAGAUGUUCGUUAAGGGUGAAAUGCUUCAUUGAAACUGAUGCUGGUUUUAAGCCAACACUGUCCAAGACUGAUCUAGCACACCAUAAUCCUUUUACCACUACUUUGAAGAACUUAGGCAAUAAGGCCUCUGACAAAGAGAAGGAUGUUAUUGUUGAAAUUAGAAAGAAUACAAAAGUAUUAACUCCUUUACAGUUAGAAAAGGAGUACCAGGAGUGGAUAUUACAAAUGCAUGAUCAGUAUGAUGAAGAAGCUGAUUCUGGUGAGGAUCAACCAACUAUCAUCGUCAGUCCUACAAACAAAAAGGCACUUUGUAUCUCUUCAGAUGUUAUUAGAGUUCAUCAGGUUCUGAAGAGAAGGGAAAAGUAUUGGAAGCGGGGACAAAAAGUUAAAGUGUUAAAAGGAGCAUGUGCCGGGUGUUACAAGACCACUAUUUAUGCAACCAUAGAGUACUUCUUGCUUGAAGGAUUUGAAGGAGACACCGGUGGAGAAGCUCGAAUCAUAUGCAGGCCAAUAGAUAUCCCAGAUGAGAAUGGAUGUGUCCUUUCUGUGGGUGAUGAAGAUGCAAGUUUGGACAUUCAUGGUUCAUUGUCUUUACCUUUAACUGUGAUCGAUUCCGGAAAGUUUGUAGCUGUUGAAAGCAUUGAAUGGGACAAUCGACUUAAUAAGAAACAGCAGAAAUCUCCUGCUUCAAUUGACUUGCUGGGUCCAAGCCAUGUUCAACAACGGGAGGUUGAUGGGGUUCCCGGUAUCAAAAUGCCAAAAGGGAAGAAUGAUGUUUGUCAAACUCCAUCCUCAGAUAAGAGUAUUCUGCACCCGCAGGACCUACCAUCAUUUAAUCAAGAAAAUAACAUAAUGAUCUCCGUAGUAAAUAAUUGUGCAAAGGUUCCUGGUAUCAAAAUGCCAAAAGGGAAGAAUGAUGUUUGUCAAACUCCAUCCUCAGAAAAGAGUAUUCUGCACCUGCAGGACCUACCAUCGUUUAAUCAAGAAAAUAACUUAAUGAUCUCCGAUGUAAAUAAUGAUGACAUGGUUUCUGGUAUCAAAAUACCAGAAGGGAAGAAUGAUGUUGGUCAAACUCCAUCGGCAGAUAAGACUAUUAUGCACCUGCAGGACCUACCAUCAUUUAAUCAAGAAAAUAACUUAAUGAUCUCCGUAGUAGAUAAUGGUGUCCAGAAACUUGAAGGCAUACUCAGACUUGGGGAGAAAAUUCAUAGAAUAGAAAGUCAUCUUAAUAAUUUGAAUGAGCUAAAGGCUGAAACUGACCAAGAGAUGCUGCAGCUGCUAGAGAAGGUUCAACCCUAUCAAUUGGGCGAUCUGGACUCUUUCUCUACCAAAGACGAAUUGACUACAAAAAUUGGAAGUAUGGAAAACUCAGCAGCUGGUGUCUUGAGUACACUUUCUAUGCACCAAAACCCACAGAACUAUUUCAUGGAAGAUAUUAUAGGUAUCGUUGCCCUCCUUGGAACCGUUCAGAGUCCUGAGCUUAGCAGGAUAUUAACAGAGUAUCUUGGUGAAGAUAAUAUGCUGGCUGUUAUUUGUAGAUCCUUUGAUGCUGCACAAUCUCUUGAGAAGUAUACACAAAAUGGAGAAAUUGAUUGUGGGUAUGCUUUACAUGCUGAAGCAGCUUCUCUUGGAAAAUCUAUAAGCAAGCGUUUCCGUGUUAUAUGCUUUGAAGAUAUAAGGCCAUACACUGGGUGUUUGCGAGGAAAAGACUUUCAGAGAAAGUUGUGUUUGCCACGUCCUUGCUUGUCAAAUGGGAAAACUCCAGCGGGUUUUAUUGGUUAUGCAGUUAAUAUGGUUGACCUGGACAUCGAUCACAUGCAGACAAGGACAGCUUUAGGCCAUGGGCUUCGGGAGACGGUGCUGUUUAGCCUUUUCAAAAAGCUCCAUGUUUACAAAACAAGGGAGAGUAUGGUUGCUGCUCGUGCAUGUAUAGUGGAUGGUGCUGUUUCGUUAGAUGGUGGUAUUUUAAGAGAAAAUGCAGUUCUCUCUCUUGGUUAUGGGAAUCCUUCAAUAUGUUUUCGUUGUGUGAAUCCGAUGGUUCUCAGUCCAGAAACCGGAGAAAUCUUGUCACAGAUUAAAGGAAAGAAGUCAGAUCUGAGGACAAUUGAGGAAGAAAUCGGAGUAUGCAGUAAACGUCGUGAGAAGUAUCUAAAGAAAUUUACUAAAAAAAAAAAGAGAUAUCAUCAGCUGAUGGAUAGAAUGGAGCAUGACAGAGAACUUUUGGAUUAUAAAACAGGUCAGGGGACAGCUCAUAAUGUAUAGUGUUCUUGCUUGUGAAGUUUCCUGUAGCUGAGAAAUGCGAUAGGCUUUAAAGCAAAAUUAUGUGUAAACUUGUUUUUUAAUCUUGUUAAACUUUCAGACCAUCUGAGAGAUGCUUGU